AUCUACACAGAUAAGUAACAAAGGUUUUUAAAGAACCAUCAACACACUACACUACACAUCAUUAAGAGAAAAAGAUGAAGCUUAUUCACUGGAUAGUGUUCUUGCUGGGAGCCUUUAUAUAUGGUGGGUCAUGUUUAAAGGUGGAAUUUAAUGGAGAUCAAGUGCUCCAAAUCAUUCCACAGACAGCAAAGCAUGCUGAAUAUAUACAAGAAUUUACCCAAAACUGGCAGCUGGAUUUGUGGAAACCAAAUGAUCCUGAGAGAAUUCACGCAGGACAAGAGGUCCAUGUCCAGAUACCAUCUUUUCAUCUCAAUAAAAUCAAAAAUACACUUCUUCAAUAUAACAUUCCAUAUAGUGUGCUGAUUAAUGAUGUACAGCAAUUGAUAGAUGCGAAAGCAGUCAAUAAAAAAAAUAUGAAGCCCAUGUCUUUGGACACUUUUGAUUAUACAAAGUAUCACCCUAUGGAUGAGAUUUACAAGUGGAGUCACCAAAUCCAAGCAGCAUAUCCAGAUCUUGUUACAUUAAAUAUUUUGGGCUCAACCUAUGAGGCUAGGCCUAUUUAUUACUUUAAAAUUGGAUUACCAUCUAAAAAAAAUAAGAAAGUUAUUUGGAUGGACUGUGGAAUACAUGCCCGGGAAUGGAUCUCUGUGGCAUUUUGUCAAUGGUUUAUUAGAGAACUACUUGAACAUCAUAACCAUAAUAAAGUCAUUAAAAAAGCCCUAGAAAAUGCAGACUUUUAUAUUGUUCCUGUUAUCAAUAUUGAUGGAUUUGUGUAUUCCUGGACUACGAACCGUCUCUGGAGAAAAACUCGCUCACCACAUAACAAUGGAACUUGCUUUGGGGUAGACCUCAACCGAAACUUUGAUUCAAGCUGGUGUUCAAUUGGUGCAUCCAGGGAUUGUAGCACUAAUACAUUUUGUGGACCUAGACCAUUCUCAGAACCAGAGGCCGAUGCUGUGCAACAACUUGUGAACAGUCUAAAAUCUGACAUCUUGUGUUACCUGACAAUGCACUCGUAUGGACAAUACAUUCUCCUGCCAUAUGGCUUUACCUUAAAUUAUUCUGAACACCAUGAAGAAUUGAUGUCUGUUGGUGAGAAGUCUGCAGAAAGUGUAGCAGCAAUGCAUGGCAAAAAAUAUGUAGUUGGACCAGCGUCUCAUGCAUUAUAUAGCAAUGCUGGCUCCUCAAUGGACUGGGCUCAUGACAUUGGAAUUUCUUUAGCAUACACAAUUGAGUUAAGAGAUAAUGGGACAUAUGGAUUUGUGCUUCCGGAAGACCAGAUUAAACCGAACUGUGAAGAGGCCACAGCUGGAGUUUUAUCCAUUAUGGAAUAUAUAAAUAAAAAUCAUUUUAGCAGUGCAUCAAGAAUCUUCUCUGGCACUCUCUGGAUAAAUCUGAGCUUCUCAGUUCUUGUUGGCUUACAUCAAGCGUUAUUUUAAUAUCUGUAACAGUCAAAACAUUUACAUGAGCAUGAUUUUUUUUUUGCAUUCACUAAAUAAUUGAAUAUAUAUAUAUAUAUAUAUAUAUAUAUAUAUAUAUAUAUAUACCGUAUGUGUAUGCCUAUGGGCUAUGGCUUAGCAGAAUGAGUGUUUUUCUUAGGGAGCCUCCUACCUACAAUAUGUAACAGCACUGAAAUGUUUUUAGAGAUAUAGUUAUUUUCAAAAAUAUAUAGCGCUGCUCCUAUAAACAUACAGUAUAUACAUUUGUUGUGCUAUUGUAAAUAUACCAAAAUUGAUAAAUAUACAAAGUGUACUAUUGUCAACUAUAAUUCAUAAAGUCCUCAGAAGCUGUUCUGAGGAUGCCCAGUGAGAGGGGUGAAGUGAGUCAAGCGGGGACGUAGUGUGACUACAAUUUUCGUGGCUGGAACGCACACUAGGGUUGCUAUCCGUUUCAACAUCACAUGAUCAUUUAACAGUCACGUUUAAUAAAGUCAAACAGAAUUACUCUAUGGAGCUCUAUAGCAUGAAUGCAUUGCACUGAUAUUGGUCAACACAUCGGAGGAGUGUAGGAGGAUUGAAAGAGGAACACCAUCCAAUUUACUUUAGAAUACUAAAAUGCCAUUCAGACUCUAUUGAGUCACUAACCGCCUGUGAGUGGGGAGCACAGGAGGGGAGCACAAUACUGUUGAUCCUGCACUGAUGAAAGGAAUAUUUGCACUGGCACUUUAAACUACACUAAUUAUUAUUUUAUAUGGACUUUAUGAAUUAUAGUUGGCACUAGUACUCUUUAUAUAUUUAUGAAUUUUGGUAUAUUUAUGAUAGCACAAU